AUGAAGUCGAUUGACAUUCCUCUAGUCGGCCUUCUCUUGCUCUUCAGCGUUCAGCUCAUGGGCGCCUUCCCGCUACAAAACACAGCCUUAACCACCGAGGACAGGGAUGUCUUAAAGCUUCUUCUACAGCGACUGGAGGAGUCCAUUCCCGCUUCUUCUCAAGAACAAACACUGAUGAAAGUGGAAGAAGAGGAGGAUAAUCCUGAAGUCACCCGCGUUGAACCUCAACCCAAGACUGACAUGAGGGACUAUCUGUCUGCUCGGGACCUGAGGACAGUCCGGCAGGACUCCAAGAGAUAUUCCGGGUGUUUCGGGCACAAGCUGGACAGAAUCGGCUCCAUGUCGUCCCUGGGCUGCAGCACCGCCGGACGCUCAGGUUCUAAGAAGUGGUGA